CCAUUCCGCGCCUGAGCUCACCUGACCGUCACCGUGCCUGGCUGCCUCGGCCCUUGCUCGCCUUACCUCAUCCUUCCGUGGCUUUGCCACUUGCUCUGCAAUCUCUCUCGGAACCACAUUCAUCAAGCAAUCUCCUUCCUCUCUGCUUGCCCUCCCUCUCUCUCUCCAGCCUCGCUCUGCCUGCGUUGCAUCGCACUGCAACGAUUUGGAUUGCAUUGGUGUUGAGAAUCCAGGAGUGUCGCGUGUGUAAGGAGCAGAGAUGGCCAUGGCUGCGACCACCUCUCAACAGCUUUUGAGCUCCCAGUCGGGCAUGGCCACCUUCGUUGGCCUCCGGGCAACUUCAGCCCGCAUUGCUCCGGCCAGCUCUGUGGCGUUCCCCGUGCGCGCCAGCAGGUCGAUGUCUGUGAGGGCCGCAACUGUUGUCGCUCCUAAGUUUAAAGUAUUGAAGCCUUUGGGAGACCGCGUUCUUGUCAAAAUUCAAAACGUGGAAGAGAAAACUACCGGAGGAAUUCUCCUCCCCACUACUGCCCAGAGCAAGCCCCAAGGUGGUGAGGUCGUGGAAGUUGGUGAAGGCAAGGUCAUCGGCGACAAGAAGAUUGAGACCUCCGUCACGAAAGGCGAUAACGUUGUCUACUCGAAGUUCGCCGGAACCGAAGUUGAGUUCAACGGCGACGACUUUCUUCUGUUGAAAGAAGAUGACCUAGUUGGCCUGCUGAAGGGUGAUGAUAUCAAGGACUUGAAGCCGUUGAACGACAGAGUCCUAAUCAAGAUUCCCGAGGCUGAGGAGAAGACUAUCGGAGGUGUUCUUCUCACUGACAGUGCCAAGGAGAAGCCCGUUGUUGGAGAGAUCAUCGCUGCUGGUCCAGGCACCAUCGGAGAAGAUGGCACGAGGAAGCCCCUUGAGCUGGCUGUGGGAAACACUGUCCUUUACUCGAAAUACGCUGGCAAUGACUUCAAGGGCAAGGAUGGAAGUCCCUAUGUUGUGCUCAGGGCAGCGGAUGUCCUCGCCGUUCUUUCUUGAUUCUGAACAUCCACCACACUUUCCUGUUGAGUCGUAGUAUCCCCCUUGCGGCCCUAGUGAGAGAGAUGUCAGUCUGGGUUUAUUAUGAACCCCAUGUUUUAGAGUAGUGCUGUAAUAUCAACCACGGGUCUAGAUUGUCAUUUACCCGGGCAAAUGUAACAGAUAAGUGGUUCCCACACAACCACACCAACGAAAGUCCUCAAUUAAAGGGCUCUUUCAACGAAAACGACUAGUCUACCUAUUUUUCCGGGUGAAGCUGAAUACGAACGGGAGUUGUUUUUUGGCCGCAUUUUCAUAUUCUCGUACAGUAUUUACAACAGCUUUAUGCAUCCUACCGUGAAAUAUUUCCAUCUUUGUGCUUUGGAGUGUA